AUGGUGAAAUUUGCGAUCAGAAACCCAGACAUUCCAGACAACACAUUACGGGUCCAGGACCUCAAUCCCCAGGGUUUCAUGAUAAACGAUGAUGAUUCAUUCAAGGUCGAUUUCACUAUGUUUAUUCGUGGUGAACUUCAGUAUAUUGAUGCCACCCAGGAUCUCGCAAUCACUGCCUUCGUGUCUCCAAAUUUGCUUCCGGCUAACGAGCAAUUAAAGGCCCUGGAAGCAGUCAGCCGGACGAAGUGCUUUGGAAAUUUGCCAGGGAACAAGCAAAACGGAUACUCGUUGAGAAAGAUGGUCAUUGGUCAUGGAAGUGUUGGCCCCCCUGGUACAGGAAAGACCAGAACCGCGAAGCGCAUUAUCCUGACCCUCGCCUCACUCGGCCUGAAGGUUUUUGUAACGGCAGGAUCCAACAAGGGCGUAAAUAACCUAUUCCAUCCCGUGUUCCAAGCCACCAGGAAUGAUCAAGAACUCCGAGCCUGGUGUGGCCCAAUCGUUCGCUUCAGUUUGAUACUACCUAACUCUACCCGCAGAUUAUUUCGCCCGCUCUGCGCGAACAAGCUUCAGGCCUGCCCGACAUUAGGUACCUAA